CUACUCUAAACUGCCCGUCUGAACUUUCAUGCCACCUGAUGAUUAUGCUUACAUUUACCUACCGCUGUCACAUUGUCACAAGAACUCUACUUCAAUCUAAAACUCCUAAUAUGGUAAGUCGUCCCAAAAAUGACUAAACAUUCACAGGAUUUUGAGCUUUCAUAAAGACUCUUUAAGCCACCAUACGGACGGUCAUGCAUCAGUGAACUAUCCUCUCUUAUACGCGUCAACGCUAGACGUCCUUGCCUCUUUCCCAGAUUAUUUGAGCCCAAGAAGGGCUACUUCUAAUUCUAUUGUACGUAGGCUUGAUUUUUCUUCUUUUCCCUUACUCCUUUAUUUGUAUGGCCUUGGUUGAUCAUCCGCUCUUUCACUAUUCUUACUAGACAGACAUACCUACUCUCAUUUUCGCACAUAACAUAUUUUAAACACCAUGAGAUCUAUCAUACUCCAAGGAGUCGCAUUUCUGGCCGCUGUCGCCUCUGUAAAUGCCGACACAACAACUUCAACCUCAACUUCUUCCACCGCAACAGCAUCCGCCACUUCUGUCACCGCCGCAACGACAACCACAGGCUGCGCCGCUCAAAAUAUCGUCGACACCUGUCUCGAUACUACCGAGAGCUACGUAAGCCUCUGCGGCACAACGGACUACCAGUGUCUCUGUGACAAAUGCUUCAACAACUGUCCCAACGACCCCCGGGCGCUCGGCUACACGCAGCAGAAGGACAAUUACUGCCAAAGCGCCAGCCUCUACGCCACCACCUCCGGAAACCUCACCAUGAGCCGGACCGCCGCGCCGACCUCUGUCUCGGCCGCCACGACGUCCACCAACGUCGUGAUAAAAUCCAUGGACGUGUCCGCCACCCCGGGGGCCACCGAGAGCGGGAAUGACGCCCAGGAACGCAUCACCCGCGUCGGGGGCAUGCUCGCGGGCGUUGCCGGCUUCGUGGCCGUUUUCCUAUGAGCUACGGUCCGCGUGGGGAAGAGAAAUAAGGAGUAAGGGGCUUGUUUUUUUUUUAUAGGCUGCCGGUGAUUUUUGCGUUCGAUUGACUUUGGGGUCUAUGGAUAUCCAAGGGACUGGAUAGAGAACUAAGAUUCCUAAUGAUUACACCGUAGUAUCCG